GGGCGCGGGCCGGGGCGAGAGGGCGGUGGCGGCGGCGACGAUGCCGGGCGUCCCGCGAGCACGCGCCGCGGCGUGUCGCCCUCGCCGCCGUGGGCCGGACCGAGAUCUCCGUUUCGUGGGAGCCUCCGUCGGCGCCGCUCGGAAGGUUCUUCAACUACGAGCUGCGCGUGAACGGCCGGGUCGUGUACCUGGGCACGGCGCGCGGCUUCGUGGUCCGCCGGCUGGCGCCGGGCUGCGAGCACGCCUUCGUCGUGAGCGCCGUCACCAGCGAGGGGAAGUUCGAGGGCAAGGCGGCGACGCGCUGCACCCUCGGGGACGAGCAGGAGGGCGCCGCGAGCCGCAACGCAGCCGUGCAGCACCAACCGGCGGAGACAAGCGCCCGUGCCCUCCGGGAGGCAGCCAACAGCAGCGGCAGCAGCGGCGGCGGCGACGAGAGCAGAGGGGAGAAGCCGAGACGAUCCAAGACCCUGCCACUUCCCCCGCGGAGUCUCCCCCACGGUGGGGGCGAGGCAGUGCACACCAAGUCGCCUUGUGGCCUCGCCGACAAGGAGAUGCCAACGCUCGCCCUCGUGCACAGGAAACGGUCUGCAAAGUCGGUUCCCUGCAGCCCCCAGCAGCCGUGCGAGGCUCCCGCCCAGGCGACUCAGGUCCACGCGAGGAGCCCGCGGGACGCCGACACGCCGCGGGAUCGCCACGACGGCAAGGCUCCAGAGGGGAAUGAACGAAGACGGCAGGGGUCGGCGGACGGCGGAGAGCGGGGCGGGCGGAAGGAGAGGGAGGGCAAGGAGGAGGCCGCCGAGCCGAGGCGGCGACGGAGCGAGAGCGGAGGAGCGGCGACAAAGCGCGCGGCGAGGCCGUCGCGCAAGGUGGCUCUGAACCUGGCCUCGGUGCUGGACCACGGCUCUCUGCGCCGCUCUCCUCUCGUCCACCGCUCGAGCUCGGACACGAGCGACGUGGGAAGGUCGCCGGACGGCGCGUGGAGGGAGGACGCCGGCCGCUCGCUGGCCAAGGUGACGCUGCUGGUGGAGAGGGGCGGCUCCGCGGUGGAGAACCAGCGUCGCCGUCGCGCGGUUGCCGCCAAGCCUCCGCGACAGGCCUCAAAGUCGCCGGACGGCGCGUGGAGGGAGGACGCCUGCCGCUCGCUGGCCAAGGUGACGCUGCUGGUGGAGAGGGGCGGCUCCGCGGUGGAGAACCAGCGUCGCCGUCGCGCGGUUGCCGCCAAGCCUCCGCGACAGGCCUCAAACAGGGCGACGGAUUCGACGCAGAGUCUGCCGAUCAUCGGCAAGUCUCAGUCUCUGCACCCCAGCGCCCCCGCGACACGGCCGUGCAGAGGCAGCGGCGAGCUCGGCCUGCACGUCUACGACUGGAAGCUGUUGAGGAGGCGUGACAGACUGGCAGAGCUCACGGCACCCCGAAUGAAACACUUCAAAGACAGGAUCCCUGUCACAACCUCCACGACACCAGGGCAAGAGAAUCAUGACACAGCGCUGCUCAUGCUCGGCAGCAGGUUCGCGGACGGGCGAGCGGGGGGCAAAGGCGACCGCACGACGCUCCUGCCGGGGCUCUGGCUCCCGGAGCUCAGCAACGUGGCGGGGGGCGAGCCCAGCGCCCCGCGCUACCCCUCCGCUCAGCAGAGCACGCGGACGCACGCCCUCGGCCGGGACGCUUCCCUGUAACCAUUGGACGCUUAUUUAUAGCCGCCGUCAGCAUCAUCGGCCAUGGUCAAUCCGCCGUUGGGUGAUGGCCCCCCCCGCAAGCCGUCGCCGCCACCUCUCGCGAUCCUGCGGUGCGACAAUGCACGCGGCGGCCGCACGCGAACCGACCCUCGUCGCUCCGUCUCUUCGGCGGACGUCGCCCCGCGGAUGCCGUUCCCGUGCCUGGAUGCCGUUCCCGUGCCUGGAUGCCGCUCCCGUGCCUGGAUGCCGCUCCCGUGCCUGGAUGCCGCUCCCGUGCCUGGAUGCCGCUCCCGUGCCUGGUUGCCGCUCCCGUGCCUGGAUGCCGCUCCCGUGCCUGGAUGCCGCUCCCGUGCCUGGAUGCCGCUCCCGUGCCUGGAUGCCGCUCCCGUGCCUGGAUGCCGCUCCGUGAUCGCUGUCGACCGCCGUCCGUCGCGGGCUGCUUGCCGUCGCGCGUCCUGCUCAAGCUCGCUCGCUCGCUCGCUCCUCUAACGAGUCGGGGGUAGGGGGGGGGGGACGUCGCGAACCUGCGUACGCUCUCUCAUCCCCGUGCGUAGGCUCUCUCAUCCCCGUGCGCGUGCUCCUCUUUCUGCCUCUCGGUGCGAUUCCCACAAGUGUGCGUCUCUGUCUCUGUCUCUCUCCCAAACGACUCGGUCACUCCAAAGCGCCUCACAUCGUCACAUCGCGUCUCGUCUCCAGCGUUCGAAGUGGCUCACCCCACCCACCCCCCAGUGCCAGCUGUCCUUGUGCGGAACAAGGUGACUCGUGCCGGCUUGCAAGUGGGCACACGUCUGCCAGUAAGGGGGCGAUUAUUGCUGUGCAUUGCUCCACCGGAGUAAUUUUUCAUAUUUGGCAAAAUUUGGAACAGUGACGCUGGCACCGAAUGACAGACUCUUUUUUCGAAAAACACCGUCCGUAUGUUGAACUUCUUUCGCGCCGUACGUAGCCAACCCGUGCCAAUGACGCGUACUCACGGUCAAUGCACAGUGCUGCGGUGUUGAGCAGGGCGGCCUGCCAGAUUCGAACCGCGAACCUUUGCAAUGAGUACCGAAGGUACUAGCGCUUGGGUUGAUCACGUGAUUGGCUUGCCCUAUAGUGGUACACUUUGGGGGAGAAAAAAUGUUGCCCUUCCAUUAACUAUGAGAGUGGACCUUCAACUUUGAAUAACCCAAGAACACCAUCAACCCUUAAAAUAUUAUUGCGGACAAUUUUGCAGUAAAAAAAUUUGCUUUUUUUGUGAACAAAACAAAAAUAAUCGUAUCUGCAAUGGUCCAUUGGACCUCUACCCCACGGCCUUGUAUGUGUGUAUGUUGAACUUCGUUUGCACCAUACGUAGCAAACCGUGCUAAUCGGAGGUGCGGGGGAAGGACAACAAACUAAAAAGAAAGAGCAGUUCUAAAGAAAAGAGUUUUCAAUAUAGAUUUAAAUUGCAUAUCUCCCAGUGGCUCCCGAAUAUCGGAAGGAAGAGCGUUCUAGACGGCCGCAGGAGCGAAUCUGAAAGCGCCGCGCGAUGCGGUGAACGCCGCCUUUGUUCGAUGGCAGCAGCCAAAAGCCGCUGCUGCUGCUGCUGCUGCGAGGAUGAGCGGACCUCUGCUGCGUGUGAUGACGGUUCAUGCUCCUUGAGAUGAGCAAGGUCAGCCUUGAGGAACCACCAGUGGUGAACAGAUCCCAGGUUGGGAACCAUUGUCCGCUGAGUUAUACAGAUAUCGGACAUGACCAUAAAGAAACUUUUUUUGUAAACGACCUGUAACCAAUACCAGUACCUCAUGUAUGAAAUGUGUGUGAAUAUACAAAGCGUGCGCGUGUUUAUGGAAUACCGAAAUGUGUGCGUUGAUUUGCAGACCAGGAUGGGUGCAAUAAAGACGUUACACGCGCUCCUU